AUAUUGGGGGAUCUGCAAUGGAAAAACUGUGUCUAUAUGAGUUGCUUGUCAUUCAUAAACUUAGUAGGCACUAUUACAACUCUGUGUAUAUGGGUUAGAUUCUGUAGACAUGAAUCUGUGAUCAUCAUCCAGAUUCUGCAACCAUCCGAUCUAUCCCUGAAAAAUAGCCUUAUCAUACCCUAUAUUUUCUUUAAUCCUUCUUAUAGGGACGGUGACAUUUUUGAUCUGGUAGAUUUAGAGUUGUGGUUAUUUUUAUAUAAUCUCUGAAGAGCCCACAAAAUCUUCUAAGCUGGGAAUAAAAUCUAGUCAUGAGAAAAAAGUCAAAACCCUCUAGGUCUCCGGCCCUAAAUACCUGGUCAGAGGAAGAGGUAUAUGGGCAUUACUGUACUGUUUUGCAUUCAACGGCUUCUCUGAACACAGCGGAAGAACACCCAGUUGCAGAGAAAUCGGAUGUGGCUAACCCAGAAAGAGUGGGAUUGAACAAUAGCAGCCAGGAUGCUCAGGGAAAGAAUAACAACGCAGAUGUGAAUCCAAAUGUGGGCAGUGUUAACCAGCCUGCUCACUAUCGGAUACGGAAGAUAGGAAAAGAACCAAGAUCCGUUAGGGACUAUCUGAGAAUAGCAAGGACCAAGUUUAAAACUGAACCUUCGCAAACACUAAGAAGAAGCGGAAGAAACAAAGGAGAUGGCUCAAGCAGAACAUCACAAUAAAGUACGGAAAACACAAGUACAAUAAGGGCAUACGAAUGUGUCAGGAAUGUUGGCCGUAAAGACUCGUUUAAAACAACUUUAUUCACAAACAUUAAGCGAUCUCUUGCUUUAGAUCAUAGAUUUUGUUUGCUGAGCAAUGAUUUGAUAGAAUUUGCAAAAAGUUCGAUUUGUAACAGACUAGAACCUGACAGAUUUUUAUUUUAUUUUUUCAUUAAU